UGCUACAGAAUUAAUGGGCUUUUGUCUGACCCCAGGGGAUGCUGCUGCUGCUGCUGCUGCUGCUCAGAGGAAGAAGCUGAAGUCUCAAAGAAGAGCCACAUGUAAAUCUGUCAAGAGAGCUCUGGAUGUCACGUACAAACCCAAGAUUAUCUAAUUUAUGGAGUUUGACCUGAAAGCCAGAGCCCUGAACAGGACAGAGGCGACUGUGGAGGAGCAGCCCAAAGGAAACUACAGCUGCAUCUGAGAGAUAAGAAUGUGCCUUUAGCUAUCAUAACUAACCUAUAAUCUUUCGUCUGGAAACAAAACUAAAUAAUAAAUAUUCAAGGUUUUUAGCUGAUUUACAUUUAAUAUUUUGUAUUUAGGCGAGUCGUAUUUACAUCAACUAUCUACAACGGAAUAAUUUGUGACAGAAAUGAAAUGGAUUGUGCAUUUCCUUGAAACCGUGUUACUGCUCUGGCAACCCAGCGCAGCAAUCACACGAGCAGCUGAAGUACACGGUUAGCUUUGCUAGCACUUGUCAUGCCAGUUUGAGCUGUAUUUACUGAACCCGGAGAGUGUUCUGCCUUAACUUGUGGACAUAUCAUGGAGACAGCCGCAUCCGUUUGACAUGUUGGACCUGUUUCACAAAGUCACCUGAGAAGAGCGUGAAUUUACGGACCCACACGAGUGUCUCGCCCGGUGUCUCGGUCUGAUCAGCGCACAGCGGCGUCCACCAGCGGCGGCGGACAUUUCCUGCGUUAUGGAGAAGGCAGACUUCCUAAAAGGACUUCCAGUUUACAACAAGAGUAACUUCAGCAGGUUUCAUGCAGACUCUGUUUGUAAAGCGUCUAAUCGAAGGCCUUCAGUUUACCUGCCAACACGAGAAUACCCCUCCGAACAGAUUAUUGUGACGGAGAAAACCAAUAUCCUGCUGCGUUACCUUCAUCAGCAGUGGGACAAAAAGAAUGCAGCAAAGAAACGAGAGCAGGAACAAGGGGAGGGGGACAGUCCAGCGCCCCCACGGAAAAUCGCCCGGACAGACAGCCAAGAGAUGAAUGAGGACUCAUAAGUGUGUGUGUUUAUGUGUGUAUGCGCGUGUGUGCGUGUGUGGAGGGCAUGGCCAAUGUAAACACAACAGAAAGUAGAAUUGUACCUGAAUCAUAUGUGAACUAUUGUGUAGAAAUAUUUUAAGUCUUAUUGUUCAUAGCAGAUACUUGAAUCGCUGGGUACCUUUUUCAAUCCAAAAUAUCCGUGAUGCAACCAACCCGGAACAAACAAAAUUAAAUUGACGUCUCCUUGUUGUAAUUUCAACUGGCAAAAUGUUUGAAAUCCAUUUUUAAUUGUGUUCAUUUGAUUAGUUUCUCAUGUUAUGUGGCCCAAUUGUAUUAACAGAUACUGCGGUCAAUCAAGAAGCAGAUUAAUUACACACACUAUUUAAUUAGUUUGACAUCUCUACAGCGUGGGACACUAUGGGUGAUGUCACACUCCCACACUAAGUCCACUUCUAUAUACAGUCUAUGCGGAAAACAUUUUAAACGACAAAACCUUACUAGUCCUUAAACAUAAAAAUAUGACAAAUUAGUAAAAUAAACACAUUCAAAUAUACACCUGUACCCAGCUCUAGUUAGUUUUGAUCCUAUGGACAAGUAUAAGAAAAGGUCUAUUCCAAGUUGUGUCUUAUGUUUAGGAGAAAUCAACAGAAUGGCAUUAGACUGUAGUCUGUAAUCUGUAGUUUACAUGGGGCCAUUCCCAGCGUGAGAGCUGUUGAUGUCUGUGCUGAGCUGUACGUGAAGUGACCUCAUGGUGCGUAGAUGUGGAGUUGGAUACCUUCAAGUGAUGGUUCAGGUUUUUAAUGGAGAAAACAGCUGGUAGUUUGGACUGUUUAUUUAAUUGGCUAACAAACAGCUGCUGAGCUUAUAUUUCUGACUAGAUUUUGGUAAAAAAUUUACUGGUAAUUGUUUUUUUCUGAUUGGUCAAAGUGCACAUUGUAAACAAGUCCAGGAGCAUUUCAGAAGACCGUUUUCUUUUUGUCAUCUUCUAUUCUAAAACUUUUUAGGAAUGUCAAUGAUCUGUGAUUUUCUUCAAAUUAAUACCUAGAUUCAACUAGUUUUAGUAUUGAUUAAAGGUGCAUUGUGUAACUUUUCUGGUGGAGGAUCUGUCACCUGCUUGUUUCUAUGGAGAUGCUAUUGCUCUGCCUGGAAUGUUCCACAGUAUGACAUUAAACAUCUCUACAUUAUAUUUAUUCAAUUUGGGUGGUUUUACAGCUGAAAAUACUUAGAAAAACAGGCGCUCUGAUUGUGAGCUUGGUCACCUCUCCACAGAUCUGACCUGUAAAACCCAAUGUAUGGUUGUGUGUCAAAUUGUCUGCAUCGCGGCGCUACUAGUUCAAUAACUACACAUCAAACCGACGCAGACAAUAAGGGCUGUGAUUGGUCCUCUAUACUACCGCUCUACAUUUCCAGUACUCCGCUUUCCCACUUCAUUUUGUAAACACGAAUACCAUUUCUAAAUCCUUGCCUCCUAGCGUUGUGGUGUUGUGAAAUACUUUGCAGUGCAUAGACCUUGACACAGAUCCAUAAAUCAAAAAUGACAGCAACAAGGCGACAGCAGCAAUGUGCGUUGUGUCGACGCAGAACUAUAAUUCGGCCUUAACUUGAUCUGGUUUGGUCUCCAUGAAAAUAGAAAGGUUUAAUAUCAUACUGUGAAACAUUCCAGACUAAGUAAUAACAUCUUCACGGAAAAAAGCAUUUGACAGACCCUCCACCAGAAAAGUUACACAAUGCACCUUUAAUAUCUUUUACCUUUUACCUGUUUGCGCACCAGACCCAUUCAAAAACCCGAGCCAUCACUUUUGAUUCCUGGUUCCUGACUCGUUUAUCCCGCUGUUGUGCCGAGAACCCUGUUUUGUGCAAAUAUGACUUUUGUUACUGUUUAAUUUUAAUAAUAUUAUUGUUUAUGUCGAAUGAUUGAUGAUUGGCAAUGAGCUUCCUGCCAGCCACAGUGCCCGCCCCUUUGGUUUCACUGCCCCCUCUGUCUGCAAGCAGUACUACAACAUCAUUUCACACAACUCAAUAUCAAUGCACUGUGAAGAAGAGCACAAAAUAGUAGAAAUAACUUCCGUAUUAAACCCAAUAGUUGUGUAUGUGUGUUCAAUAUGCAUAGACUAUUCUGCUAUGUGCUUAUGGGGUAACUGUUGUGCUGGGGCUUAAAGUAGUCUUUUAUAUUUUACUACCACAACAACUGUCCUGAUUAGAACACACAUCGUAGGACCGCCCGGGACCUAAUGUGACUCGUCGAAUCAUUAGUUGUGGUUGUGUAUUUAAAAUUGGUUUGUUUUUUUCCCCAUCCAGAAUGUUAGUUACUGGUUGGUACAAAGUAAAAUAUGUCCAAAUUGUUUCAUAUCAAACUUGCUGCGUUUUCAAGGUUUAGCAAUAGGUUGUGUUCAAGGUGUAUUAGAAUUAACGGAGAGCAGAGAGCAGGGGCACUGUUUUUGGAAGAAAUAUCCAAACUGAAAACCUACAAAUGUGUAACUUGCAAUGUUUACGUUAUGGUUCUUGAAAGUCUUUGAAAUUUAGUAAUACCGCAGUUUUUUUAAACUUAAAAGUUGUGGAAAAACAACUUUCGUUCAUGUGUAUAGACCCGGUAACCACAGAAAUUUUAAAGGUGUGCUAUGCAGCUUUUUGGUUUGGAGGCCCGUCACCUGCUUGUUUCUAUGGAUAUGUCAUUGCUAUGCCUGGAAUGUUCCACAGUGUGACAUUAAACAGCUCUACUUUACAAUUUUUCCUUUACAGUUGGUUUUAUAACUCAGAAAUGCCAAGAAAAACAACAGGCAUUCUGACUGAGCGGGGUCACCUCCCCACAGAUUUGACCUGUUAUUCUGUCUGGUUUGGUCUCCAUGAAGAUAGAAAGUUUUAAUGCCAUACUGUGAAACAGUCCAGACGACGCAACAUCUCCACAGAAAAAAAGCAUUCGACUGACCCUCCACUGGAAAAGUUACACAGUACUGUACACCUUUAACCAUAAACCACAUCAACAAAUCCACAUUUUGACAGUUAAAAGGCAAAUUCAGCCACAGAUUUCUCACCUGCUCUCCAGCUCAAUAAAGUACGUGACAUGAACCCAACCUAUUAUUGAUUUAUAUUUGCUAAGAUUCAUGCAGUGUGGACCUGGACAGUCAAGAAAUGUCCAAAAAUGUCUCCAUAAAAGUAACUGACCUUCUCGUAUCGGUGCUUUGUUUGUGGUGUGCUCUCAGCCUCCUUUCAUGUUUACAGUGGUGAAUUUUAACAAACUUCACUUUCUAAUUAAAGGCAAAUCUAGCAGUUACAAAUGUGAGUCAGUAUAACAGUUUAUCCAAAUCAGAUGUCCGUGUUGUGAAAAAAGGACAAGUCUCACAUUGGAUAUUACAUUACUCUGCAUUUUAAUGUGUCUCUAAAGGUUAACGAGAGAAUUCGAUGUUAUUAAAGCGUGAAAGGACCGGUCCGCUACCUGCUUAGCUCAGUGAAGAUGUUAUUGCAUUGCCUGGAAUAUUCCACAGUAUGGCAUUUAUCUUCUUACCUAUCUCUUUUUUUAUUGUUAUUAUUAGUGUUUUAUUGCUUAAAAAAUACUUUGACAAACAUGCAUUCUUACUGCAAGUGAUCUGAUCUGUAAUUUACUUGUUUUCGUGGCGAUAAGUUUAAUGUCUUACUGUAGAAUAUUUUUCGAUUUUCAUGCUUUUAUUUGAUUGAUUUGGAAAAAAUAAAAUGUUGAAGCCCCAUGAGGCAACUCGAGUUCAAGCUAAAAUAAACUAAAUCGGAUGAAGGGAAGCAGGUAGCGGACUCUCCAUCAGAAAAAAAUUCCGUAGUGCGUCUUUAAAGCAUGUUUUGGUCAGACUGUUGAACACACCCGAAGCCUUGCUCUGGUUCAGUUCAUGUGUGAGGACAGGAAUCUCUUUUGGCUUUGCUCAAAUAAAACUGGAUACAAACUG